AUGAGCUUAACGAUUCUAUGUGGGAAAAUUGAGAACCAUCUGUCUAAGCUCCUGAAUGAGGCUGCUCAAUCCAAAUCAUUAAAGAAAAAUAUACAUACGGAUUGGGAUUGGAAGAUUAAGCUGGCACUUCUAAAUCUGCUCAUUCCUCCGCUUUUUGGGAAGGGAUCCCCGGUGGAUCAAGUCAAUCCAAGAUUGGGUGUUAAAUGGGAAGCACGAGAGCCUGGGUGGUUCAAGGUAAACUUUGAUGGUGCUUCUGCUGGUAACCCGGGUCAAUGUGGUAUUGGAUGUAUAUUGAGGAAUUUUGAUGGUAUUUGUAUAAAAGAAAUCUUUGAAAAGAUUGGAGUUGCUACUAAUAACGAAGCUGAAUUCAGAUCGGCUUUAAGAGGACUACAACUAGGGAUGGAGCUUGGGGUGCAGAGAAUUCAUCUAGAGGGAGACUCACUAAAUGCGGUUAAUGUUGUCCAUUGUAACAACACCCCUAGUUGGCACCUUAACCAGUGGCUUCAACCAGUUUUGGUGCUGCUAGCCACCUUUGAUGAAUUUCAGAUUAGCCAUAUUUAUAGGGAAGGCAAUGGAGAGGCUAACAGACUCUCUAAAAGGGCAAUUACCGAUGGUGACCCCCCCUAG